AUGAUAAAGCAAUAUUUUUACAGACGAAUUAUUCCCAGGCGGAUUGUAAUCGGCCCAUUAUUUUCUGAAAAUGGUGCUAGCAGAAAGCUGGUUUAUUAAACGCGUUGAGGAGCUAAUUGCUCACUUAAAAGAAACCUCCUUGGAUGAAGAGAAAGACGAAGCCAUUUUGAGGCAUAUUGAGUGGAUGGAAUCGAACGAAUCUGCAACUGUGCCCGACUUUGAAGCCAAUUUGGAAUGGUUAAACUGUACCAGUCCGUUGUCCUUCCAGGAAAAACUUCGAGGAAAAGUGUGUGUUUUGGAUUUUUUCACGUAUUGCUGUAUAAACUGCAUGCAUAUUUUGCCGGAUCUUGAAGCGCUAGAACAACUUUACUCUGAGAAAGAUGGUCUUGUGAUCGUGGGAGUACACUCGGCGAAGUUCGAGAAUGAAAAAUCAUCCACAAACAUUUUGAGUGCAGUGUUACGAUACGACAUCAGGCAUCCAGUUGUGAAUGACUCAGAAGCAAAGUUAUGGCACACUCUCUCUGUUCAGUGUUGGCCUACACUAGUUGUUGUGAGCCCAGAAGGGAAAAUCUUACUUAGCUUAAUAGGCGAGGGUCACAGAGACACUCUCUUGCAGUUUGUAGGCUCAGCCUUGAACUUUUACAAACAAAAAGGUAGGCGAGAAUCUUUCAUUUGAUCUAAAAAGUUAGGAGGGAGGGUGGUGGGAAUACAAUAACUGGCUUAAAUGCUUUUAUUGAUGUAAAGCCAACUAUGAAAGACAUCUAGAAAAGGUAACUUCCAUUGGUAGCAAUCAGUUUGUAAGAAUUGGCUAUCCAGAUUUGUUAAUCAUGUUUGAUUAAUGGAGUCAAAUGUCCCAUCAGCUAGACCACCCAAAAUGUGAAGAGUAAAGCCUAGUUCUCAUAUGCUGCUGAGCUACCUGCGACACGACUCUGACAUAGGUGCCAGUACUGCCUGUGGUACCGUUCCAAUAUGAGAACAGAAGUCGCUGGCAGUAGAGGCCAUGUCAGUCUUUACAGCUGGCAUGCCCGCGAAGUUGACACAAGUUCAACUUCACAGGCAUGCUGGUGGUAAAGACCCGCGAUUUUUCUUGAGCCAGCAGUGAUAUGUUCUCAUAUGUUGGAGUAGUAUCGCAGGCAGCACCAGCGGCUUCUUUGCAGUUACUUCAGUGACACAUGGGAACCAGGCUUAAGUGGUCACUCACAAGAAUCAAACAACAGGGAAGAGAGGUUCUGCCAAUCUAUCUUUUGGAAACAUACGUUAUCAACUGAGCAUGGGUUAAGAUGGCUGGAUGUUUGCCAUGUUUUUAGUUGCAUUUGUGUGGAGCGAGACAAAGUUUAGGUGCACUGCAACAUAAAUGAAGUAGGAAGCCAGGAAAGCAGGAAAGUGCGGGUGAUCCCGAUCCUCGGAUCUUAUGUUCUGAUUGGGUAGUCAAUCAGAAUGAAGGAUAGGUUAAUGCUUAUGGGUAGUGUUGCUUAUAAUACGUGGUCACACAUGGUGGUUCAACUACGAGACAAAUUAAAUCACAUACCUACAUACACGUACACUGUGCACUAUAUUUUUUCUUGUUUGACUUUUUUCCUUCCUGUUUGUCUUUGUGUUUUUGUGUUGUACAGUCAAACUGUCUGUAAGAUAAUGAAUUCCCCAAAGCCCAAGAUUUACAAUAUAGUAAACUGUGGUUGCUUAUGGGAUAUGCUUGUUUGGGAGGAGUGUCAAUUCUAGUGCUUUUGACUAGGGAAAAUGUUAUUUUGGAAUUUUAGAUCUUCUUCAUUUAUAUUUUUAUAACCCCCCAAAAAAUGUCCAUCAUGAUGCCUUGAUAAAUUUUAUGCUAAUUUAGCUUAAACAUAUAACACACUUCCUUUAAAUGUCAUAUUAUAUUAUUAUUCAGGUUUUAUUAUUUUGUUAGGGAAAGUGAGUGAUCAUUCUAUUGGAGUUUCUCUAGCAAAAGAACACCUUCCUCUGACAAAUCUCUCAUUUCCUGGGAAAAUAUGUAUGGACAGUGAAGGGAAAAGACUGGCAGUAGCGGAUACAGGACAUCAUAGAAUACUAGUAAUAAAUAAAGAAGGAAUUGUAUUGAAAGUUAUUGGUGGAGGAGAGAAAAAUGAAGCUGGAAAUGUUGAUGGGACAUUUUCAGAAGCACGAUUCCAUUCACCGCAAGGAGUAGUAUUUGAAAAUGAGGUCAUUUUUGUUGCUGAUACAGAAAAUCAUACAAUGAGACAGGUACAGUAUAAUGGUAACUUAAAAUGACUACAUGCUUGUGCUGUUCUAGAAAACAGGUAAAUUGUACCGUAUACUAUCUUUUCCAGUGAGGGUGUUUGAGUAGUCCCAGCCCUUCGUGUCUUAAGAAAUUUAGUACAUGGUGGCUUUGUUUUUUUAAUGAAAUCCCCUACCCCUUUAUAAGAACUUCCAGUCAAACUUAUUAAUAUUAUUAAAACAUGAGUAGUUCUGUCUUAAAUCACUAGCAGACAGUGACAAUAUUCAGGAGUGUUAAUUGUCUACUGGUCAUAAAACCACAAUCUACUUUAACCUGUGCCAUAGACAAAACUGAACCCCUGGGGAAGUUCAUCUGUGGAUCAUUGCUGAAAUCCUUGUUCUGGGCCCCAACCUGCCUAUCAUUCACCAUGAACAAAGAUCUUGACGCUACUUCGCAGAAGUUACUAAACGGGGUUAGAUUACACCUGCUACACAGGCUACACUACUGCUGCUGUUGCCAGCAGUUUGAUUUCCUCAGGGCUUGCCUCCUAUUUCCUUGCAAUACAAGAACUAUCUUGAAGGAGAGCACUAACUACAAAGCCAUGAUGGGAAUGGGGACUUGCUACUUCUUUACGCUACUCUUGGCAACAAAACUGCUAGCUUUCCAGGAAACACAAUAGAGGAGAAAAGUGAUGAUGUCACAAAAUACUAAAUUAGUGAAAUUAUAGGAUUGGUUGGCAUACCAAGAAAGAAUAAGAUGAAAAAUGUUCACCUGCCAAAAACCAGCCUGUUAGUGCAAAUUAGUGAGAAGAUAUAGCGAUGUUAAGCACUAUUGACUCCAUAUAAAUCCGUCUAUUUCUGACCCCUAAUUUGCGCUAACAGGCUAUUUUUGGCAAGGAGGCUUUUUUAUCCUGUUCUUUCUGAAUUUGUUUACCAAUUCCAUAAUUUCACAAAUUUGAAUUCUUGUGACCUUACACUUCUCUUUUCUAAAAUCCUUCAGAGAUAUUUGCCAGCAACAAUUUUUUUUCUUAAUUUUAUGGUAAAAUUCUAAAUUAUUAAUUUAAGUUAUGUUUCUCUUUGUCUCUGUAGAUUAAACUAGAAACAGGACAAGUUAUUACCAUCGCUGGAAAUGGCAAACAAGGAAGUGACAAGGAAGGUGGAAAAAUUGGAACUGUACAGAGCAUCAGUUCACCAUGGGAUGUGGCCAUUGGUCCACCUCCAGGUUUGUAUAAUAAUUAUAUUCUAAUUCUAAUAUUAAUAAUAAUAAUAAUAAUAAUAAUAAUAAUAAUAAUAUAACAUAAUAUAAUUAUCAUUAUUACAAUAUAAUAACAUUGUUAUUUAAUAAUUUAUAAUUAUCGCAAUAUACAGGGUUUGUACAGAUUCUGGAAUUCUUUUAAGUCUUGGAAUUUUCAAAGCAAUUUUCCAGACCUCAAAAAGGUCUUGAAAGUGGAGAGAAAGUACAGAAAAGUGGUAACAGGUCUGAAGUUUUGUUGUUGUUGUUGUUUAUUUAAAGCUACGGUAUGGUACACUACAGGUGCUUGAUACAUACAGCUGAAGGUGAUUUUUUCCCUGUGGACAAAUUUUCAUUAACCUUGCCUGUACUGAGCCAGGACAUUCAAUCACAGAAUGAGAAGUAUCAGAACUCUCAGCCUCAGUCCGCAUUGCACCAUGGUUACUGCCUGCUGCAGAUUCAUGAUUCAGCAGUGCCAGAACUAAAAAGUGUCUCAUUUGUAAAGACAAUAUGGUUGGAGCUUAACGAUAAGCUCUUUGGCAUUAACAAGCAAAAGAAACUUACAGAUGGAGAUGCUCCUCAUUUUUGAACUUGGGAUCUGCCAGCAAUGUGGUCUUUACAGUGUCUUCCAGUACGCUUUGUUUUUCACUCACAUUACCAUUCCAUUCCCAAUGUUCUUAAUUUGUAGCACGAUUUCAUAGUUGCAACAAAACCAACGUUGUUCCACUGAUUACGACUGAGCAAAGUCCUAAAUCUUUGGACAUUUCUGACACUUUUAAAAGAUACAUGCAAAUUAUAUCAAAGAUAACAAAUAACUAUUCCUGCAGGACCUACGCAAGACGGCAGCUCAAGUGAUGUUUUGUACAUUGCCAUGGCUGGCACACAUCAAAUCUGGUCGUUUUACUUGAAAGACAGUUCUUGGCUUAAAGGAGGGUCAGUUAUCAACCUUAAUGAAUCCUUUCACUUCUAUCAGUAGACCAAUAAUAACUUUGAGAAAUCAAUAUAUGUUGAUAAAAUCCUACAAAAUCUGAUAAAAUAAUAGCACUAUGCAAAAGUGCUGCCAAAGAGGUCUCAUUUGAGUGGUAACACCAUAGGAUUUCAUCCACAGACUCAAAAGUUAGAACUACAUACUAAAUAAAUAGUUCCAUGUGAAAGAACUGCGAAGAGGUUUCAUUUGAAUGGUAACACCAAAGGAUUUCGUCUACAGACUCAAAAGUUAGAACUACGUGCUAAAUAAGUAGUACCUUGUGAAAGUACUGCUGAAGAAGUUUCAGUUGAAUGGUAACACCAAACGAUUUCGUCCGCAGACUCAAAAGUUGAACUUCAUACUAAAUAAAUAGUACCAUGUGAAAGUACUGCUAAAAAGGUUUCAUUUGAAUGUUAACACCAUAGGAUUUCGUCCACAGACUCAAAAGCUAGAACUACAGACUAAAUAAACACAGUCGACUCCCGAUAAUUCGAACCUUUAAGGGAAAGAGAAAAUACAGUCGACUCGCUAUAAUUCGAACCUUCAAGGGAAAGAGAAAAUAGUUCGAGUUACCGGGAGUUCGAGUUAUCGCGGGUAAAAUUAUAUAGAAAGCGAUCUGAAGGGAAAUGUAAAUUGCUUCGAGUUAUAGAGGGUUCGAGUUACCGGGCCGGAUUCGACUGUAGUUCGAGUUACCGGGAGUUCGAGUCAUCGAGGGUAAAAUUACUAUAGAAAGCAAGCUGAAGGGAAAUGUAAAUUGCUUCGAGUUAGCGUGAGGUUCGAGUUAUAGAGGGUUCGAUUUACUGCGAUUCGACUGUAGUACCAUAUGAAAGUACUGCCAGAGAGUUUCCAUUUGAAUGGUAACACCAUAGGAUUUCAUCCGGAGACUCAAAAAUAAGAACGACAUACUAAAUAAAUAGUACCAUAUGAAAGUACAGCUAAAGAGUUUCUAUUUGAAUGGUAACACCAGAGGAUUUCAUCCAGAGACUCAAACGUCAGAACUACAUACUAAAUAAAUAGUUCUGUGUAAAAGUAUAUGUAUUGUUGAAGUGGUUUCAUUUGAGUUGCAACACCAAUUGAAAGAAUUUCUUGCUUAGCUUUAAAAGUAAGAGGCAUGAAUAACUCACGCGACCAAGAAUCAACCAAUGUUAGUCUGUCAUUAAAUUGAGCGAAAGUCUUGAAAUAUAACAAGUUGGUAUGCCUUAUACACCUGCUCCAUACGUCACACCUUCUAGGACCCAAGUGCAAGGCACUUGUCUUCGUUUUGCUGGGAGUGGAGCGGAAGAGAAUCGAAACAACAGUUAUCCCCACAAAGCUGCGUUUGCACAGCCUUCUGGUGUCAGUCUUGCUCUGGAAAAACCGCACAGGUGUUUGUUUGUGGCUGACAGCGAGAGCAGUAGUGUGCGAACAGUUGAUGUGGCCACUGGUGGCACAAAAGCUUUGGUAGGAGCCGAUAGAGACCCGACUGUAAGUAUGAAGCAAGCUGUUAUUACAGAGAUUUAGAACCACGUUUACGGCAAUCGUCAAAUUGUAUCACGUAAACAAGUUGUCCUUUAACUUGCCAUCUGCCGUUUAUUUUAUCCUUUAAAAAUAAGCAAUUUUAUGUCGCUCUCAUCCAUAAGAAUCAUUUUUGACAGCUUUUACCUGCUGACUUUCUAAUUUGAGAAAUUUUUAACUUGAAUCUCGCGUUUGCCAUUUGUCGUAAACGUGAUUCUAAAUCUCUCUACAGGGUGUCCCGAAAGGUCGUUCCUCUUCUUUAUUAGCCUGUAAUGCAGUAUGAUUGGACAUAAACAAAUCGUUUAAAGAAAAGUCUUGUCUUUUCAAUCGAAUUUAAUAUUAUUUUCAUACUUGUGCCAUCUUUCGACUCGGAUAUUCGAUUUGCCUACUUUCGUGCCAAAGGUGCACUUGCGCGAGUACAUUUUCCCGCCGUAUAUUUUUUUUGUUUUUUGUAACUUGUCGUCUCAUUUUAAGAGAGUAAACAAACUCGACCAGGAUUACUCGUAUUGGCAAUUUUUAUCACUUGCAUUGUUUGCCCCAUGAUAUACCACGUGACGUUGCACUGUCCUUGUUAUCUUAUCAGUCCUAUUAAAAGCACGUGCAAAUUAAGAUGGCGGGUAUUGUGAGGUCUAUUUGGGUGAACGAAUUAUUUUUGAGUAUGUAGAGGGCGUUACAGGUUUUCGAAAGAGAAAGUAGAAUUUGGGUGCCUAAUUCCUUGGCUUUUUACGCGCAUACAAUUUCCUUUUUUCUCCACUUUCGAACAUCCACUAACCGACCAAGAGGGAAUUCAAAAGUAGCUUUUAUAUGAUUUGUAUUCUAUAUUAAAUGUUUCGUGCUUUUCAAAAUGACAACUUAGGAUUUUUUGUUUUUCGUUUUCAGAAUCUGUUCGCAUUUGGUGAUCAGGAUGGCAAAGGUAUUGAUGUUAAGUUGCAACAUCCAUUAGGUGUGGCCUGGAACCCACAUUCACAGAAACUCUAUGUUGCAGAUUCGUAUAACCACAAGGUAAUGAUUGUCUCUUAUCCCAACUGCCCGGCAACUUGUUUGCUGAUAUCCUUCCCAGAUAAGUGGUAAUUUUCUCUGAAAAUUCUUUGUUUUCCGGGGAUUCGUCUUACGCCUUAUCAGUAUAUCAGAGCUUACGACUGAAAAUCAGCAGUCCGUUUCUUUUUCUUAAGGACUAUAUUAUCACACGGCGUUAGCGGCUGUUCCUUACUACACGGUAUAUACAUUGUAGCAAGUGGAAAGCAGCAAGAGUCCAAAACAAUAUCUUUUAAAUCGGCCGUCAGUUUUUAAUCGUCACGGAAUUAACCCUCUCUUUUGCCUUUUCUGGUUGUCCAAGUUAUUGACGGUAGCGUUGCUGUAAUAAUCACGUGGCUUUAAACAAUGGAUAUCGUAUAAACUCGAAUAAGCGCCAUCGUCGGAUAAGCGCCGCAUUUGAAAAAAAAAUAGAAAUAAAAAAGAACGUUUAUCAGCUUCGCCCCCGAAUAAGGGCCGCGGCGCCAAUAUAAUCAAAAUAAUAAAGACAUAAGUAAAUGGAUUAAUGAAUGAAUGAAUCAAUCAAUCCAUCCAUCCAUCCAUCCAUCCAUCCAUCCAUCCAUCCAUCCAUCCAUCCAUCCAUCCAUCCAUCCAUCCAUCCAUCCAUCCAUCCAUCCAUCCAUCCAUCCAUCCAUCCAUCCAUCCAUCCAUCCAUCCAUCCAUCCAUCCAUCCAUCCAUCCAUCCAUCCAUCCAUCCAUACAUACAUACAUACAUACAUACAUACAUACAUACAUACAUAAAGACGUUAAUUCUGUUUGGUUAAUACGGGAAAUACUGAUGCGGUAGCUAAAACAAUUCUUUGUCUGCACGUCCAACUUUCAGAUAAACGCCAUCGAAUAAGCGACGCAUUUGAGGCGGAAAACGAACAUGUAAUAAGCGUCGCGAAGCUUAUCCGAUUAAAUACGAUUAUAUACAGCUAUUUCGAGAAAGGUUGUCGGAAAAAGUGCACGCGACAAUCUCGAAAGGUAUUGUGGGUGGUUUUAAGUUCACUGUUCUUCAAAGAAAUUUAAUAGAAUGGCAGGAGAGGCCAUGGACAUAUGUUUGUGAGUGCUAAAGGAAAGCAAGAAAAGUUAUAAGUUCGACAGCUACAGUGUCUGGAACAAUGUAUUGCUCUUAUCCCAUAUUACCUUUCAGGAUUGUCGCGUGCACAUUUUUCCGACAACUUUCUCGAAAUAGCUGUAAACAACUCAAGGCCCGAUAAAUGUAUUUUUCGAUUCGCUCUGACAAAUGGCUAACGCUUGAAACGUCAUCUUUUUAGAUCACAUUAUGGUGAUUAACUCACUAUACCAACUACUGGGGCCAGUAAAAACCCUUCAAUUUCUUGCUAGUGAUGAUGCUCUAGUUUUAAAAAAUAGAAAUAUUGGAAGGAUUGAUCUUAACUUUAUUUUACCAUUAUGACGCAUUGGAUUCCUAUCCUAGAUGGGUUAUACUAAAAUUAAUUAAUCGGUUGAUUAGUUAAUUAAUUCACGGACUGAUUUUAAUUAAUUUAUUGCAGAUUAAAGUUAUUGAUCCUGUGAAAAAAACUUGUGAAUCUUUUCUGGGCACUGGUAAACCAGGUCUUUCUUCUGGCGAGGGAAACGCGAUUCAGUUUGAUGAACCAGGUGGCUUGUGUGUGAGUCCAGAUGGAGAGACGCUAUAUGUGGCAGAUACUAACAACCAUGCCAUUCGAGUUAUUGACUUAAAAACUAAAAAAGCGUCACAGGUGAGAGUUCAAUGUUUUCUGUUCCUCCGGCUUUAAAAUGUAAUCCAGUCUUAUGAAAUAUAGAACAAUAUGGUAACAAGUAUUUCCUGCCACAAGCGAUUUUUGGACAAGACACAGUGUAGAAAUUUAUGGAGUUUCUUUUUUUUUUUUUUAAAGAAAAAUCCGUAAUGUGUUAAGAAUAGGUAGAAUAGGCAUAUUAAUAUAUAUUUUUCCUUCUUUUGGGUUUUCCAGCUCGUUCUGAUUUCUGAAAAAGUCAACCGUAUUAAAUAAGUCCGGUACCCGCGGGGUUUUAAUGGGCUAAAUGGAGUUUUUUUAGAAGUUUUCUUGGUCAUAAUCGUUAUUGUGUUGAUUGGUGAUAGGCAAACAUUCUUGGUGAGAAAUUUAGAUACAUGUAAUCCAGUCGACUCACAAUGGACGUUAUAAUUGAGCAAGUAACUGAGCAAUCAAUCAGUCAGUCCGUCAGUCGAUCAUUCAAGGAGUCGAUCGAUCGGUGUCCGUCGGACCGUCAGACCGUCCGUCCGUCGUCCUUCAGUCAUACAGUCAGUCUUUCAGUCAGUCAGUCAGUCAGUCCGUCAGUCUUUCAGUCAGUCAGUCAGUCAGUCAGUCAGUUGGCGAUUCAGUCAAUCGAUCCUUCAUUCAGUGUCUGUGUGAACCAAUAAAUCUAAUCAAACAGCUGUUUUCAAGCAAGCUUUCUUCUUCGUAGUUGGAUAUCAUCGAGCGCCCUCAAACUCCAAAAGCCCUUGUGGACGGACAAACGAGCAAAGAAAAGGUCGUGGUAAAACGGUUAACUUCGAAACGAACCCCUGUCAAUUCCAAAGAGCCAAUUCAUGUGUGCAGCAACGCUUCCUUAGAUGUUACGUUCGAAAUCAGACUCCCCGCGGGCUGUUACUUAACAGAAGGCGUGACGAGUAAUUGGCAGUUCAUGGUCUUCAGGCCACAAGAAGGUAAAUGAGGUUGUUUUACUCAUUGAUCUCUAGGUUGACAAUGUGUCCUCUUAACAAACCUGUUUUGUUUCCAAAGGUGCGUUAGGCGAUUUUGGCUUGAAUUUAAUACAUUCACUUUGCUAAAAACGUCUCUCACUGUUCUUGCUAAUUGAUUGUACCCGCCCCUCAAGUUCCGUGAAACGAAAAUAUCGUACGUAAAUAUGUCCGCGAUUCCCUUGGACUUCAAAGUAGCCGUCGUCAUUCUACCAUGGAUAUUAGGGAAAAUGUCUUAGUGACGGAAGCAAGUUAUCAAAUGUUAGAACGUUUAUUAUUUGUCAAUUACCGUUUACCUUUUCUGGUCAAAAACUAAAGUAAAUCAAAUAUAAAACAUGAUUAAUAAUAAUAAUAAUAAUAAUAAUAAUGAUGAUGAUGAUGAUAGUAAUAAUAAUAACAAUAACAAAUAAAUAAAUAAAUCAAAUGAAGCUUUCCAGCAACAAACAAAUCUCGUAGUCGUCCUUUACCUCAAAUCUAAAGGUCUCUAUUGCUACUUUGUAGAAAAUGUAUCAUUCUCAGAAGAUAAGUCAUCGUUAAUGCUUAAUACGAUUAGUUCUGCACUUUGCUUAAAUGUUUCUUGCUACAUAUUCUAGAUAAGGAAGCCAUUCAAGAACAGUUUAAGCUGGAACCUCCAUCGGGCGUCUUGACCAAGGACUCCAUGCGUGGUAUUUGCUCCAUCCGGAUACCAGACGGGGACUGGGAGCCACAAACAACCGCAAGGGUUAGUAAUUUGUAGUUACAAUAUUCAUACUCACGCAUGUUUAUCUUAAACUUAACGUACUUAAUUAUCGUUUGUUCCAAUGGCUUUUUGUUUAGUUAUCUAUUUAUUCAUUCAUUAUAUAAUUGAAUUUAUUAUCAUAUUUUUGUUAUGGUAGGCGGAGGCCAUAGUUUAUUUCUGUGAGCCAAGUGGUACAUGCAGAAUGGAGGAGGUAGUCUACGAAGUAGUGCUGCUAAAAACAGGCGCAAGGGGUCAAAGUUCCCUCCAAAUAAACCACGAAUGCAAGUUGUAAAUCAAGAAUACGAAGAUUGCUGUGAAGGAAAUUUGAAAUGUCAGGAUAAACGACAACCAUGAAUGACACAUGCUCACUUUUUUGUAAUACGCAAACCAAGAGGUUACAUAUACAUUACCAGAAUUAACUUUAAAAAUUAAACAAGUAAGUUUGAACGAGUGGUCGUUAGACCACAAUGGAAGAAGAGCUGUUAAGACUGAUAACAAUUUUGAAUUUAGAAGGCAAAGCGUUUGUCAUCUAAUACUUUGGUUAUUCUUAAACAAAUUCCUUCUUUUUUUAAAUUUAAUUAUGAUGCAUCAUUUCUUGUGAGAUGUGUUUUAUGUACUUAAAGGUUAAAAGAUAGAAACUCUGUCAAAACCUUCCAAUUUUGAAUUCCUAGAAAGAAACUUGAAUAUUACAGAAAUCCAAAGGAUAUUUUUGACCCGGAGCGAUUGAACCCACGAC